AUGAAAAUAUCCAACCUACCGAUAAGGACCACCUUAUUGAUAACAGACGCCAGACAUGGAUAUCCUGAGGAACGAAGGUUGAAGCAGAGUGUCAGUCUGCCUUUGGGAGACUACAUAGACCCGAUUAUCCCCUCCGGCUGCCUCUGCACGCGCGAAGAUGCGCACCUCGUUGACCGAGGAAGCUUCUUCUUACCUCCGCCCGUGCAUGACUGCUGUCGUCACUCUCCCCGCACAGCCCGACCUGGACGCAGACUUCGCAACCGUGCGCUCAACGUCGAGUCGGGAUGGACAGCCAUUUACACCGCCCUUCCACCCCAUCAUCUAUCCCACCAGCAUCUUCCCUAUGUGCAGGAGGAGACGCUCGCGCCCCUCGGCGCAUCGUCAGAGGAUAUGGAGCACCGAGUCGAACAAGCCAAGCUAGGUCUUCGUUACCAUCAGCGCCGCACAUCUACGCCAUUAGAUGCGCGGGCGGUGCACCUCACGAUCGUGGGCAAUGACACCCGCACGAAGCACCGAGACGGCCGACGACAUUCUCCCCAUCUGCGCUGCACACACGCUGCUACCCCGUGGAUAGGAAGAACCGGAAGUGCGCACUUCCGUGCGUCGUGA